UAGAAGCCAGUGGGUGUGCUUAAGAACGUCCUAUGCGGAUUCCUCGCAGCACAGGCGGGAUCGGAUCACUACGAUACUGUUGUUGCUUCUUGUAGGUCUGCGUGAUAUCAUCUGUGGUGUGGAUCACUGGACUCAUACGGCAGGAGGACAUCAUCCUUAAAGGAGGAGAAGCAGUGCGACAAGGAGAUGAGCAAUGGGAAAGGAGUCUCUAAGAGACGAGGAGCAUUCUUUGCCCUAGUUGCAUCUGCUCCUCUUCUUCAGUCCAUGUUCUCCUUUUCAGCUUCACCUGUUGAAGGCCUGCUCUUCACUUUCUGUCACGCUGAGUCCCCCAUCACCUGUCACCAUGACAACCUCAGCCCUGCGCAGGCAGGUGAAGAACAUAGUGCACAACUAUUCCGAAGCAGAGAUUAAGGUCCGGGAGGCAACCUCAAACGAUCCAUGGGGGCCGUCGUCGUCGCUCAUGUCAGAAAUAGCUGACUUGACCUUCAAUGUUGUGGCUUUUGCUGAGGUCAUGGGAAUGGUAUGGAAGCGCCUCAGUGACAGCGGCAAGAACUGGAGGCACGUGUACAAGGCACUGACUCUGUUGGACUACCUGCUGAAGACGGGAUCGGAGAGGGUGGCUCAACAGUGUCGGGAAAACGCCUUUACUAUUCAGACGCUUCGUGAUUUCCAGUAUGUCGACCGCGAUGGCAGAGACCAAGGGGCUAAUGUUCGAGAAAAAGCCCGCCAACUGGUUUGUCUUCUUCGGGAUGAAGAGCGUCUUCGCCAAGAGAGGAGUCAAGCACUGAAAACCAAGGAGCGAAUGGCUGGAGGAGGGAGUGGAGGAGGAGGAGGAGCAGCAGGUGAAGGAGGAGGAGGAGGAGGAGGAGGAGGCGGGAUGUAUGGAGGAAUACCACCAUCCUACCACCCAGGCAGACGAACAAGCCAGCCCAGCAUGGCUGUGCUGUACGGGGAAGAGUUCAGUCGCUCCAGAGGUUCUCCAUCCUCUUUUAAUUCCUCAUCCUCAUCUCCUCAAGGUGCCUCUGACCUGGAGCAGGCUCGACCACAAACAAGCGGGGAAGAGGAGCUCCAACUCCAGCUGGCCUUAGCCAUGAGCAGGGAGGAGAGUCAAAAGGAGCAGCGCUGUCGCCAAGGAGACGAGUCUCUCUUACAGAAGGUCCUGGAUGAGAGCAGGAGAGCGAGCCAGUCAGGGACGCAGGAGUCGACCAUGUUGGACCUGGUGGACUUAUUUGGCGCAUCAUCUGAGAGACCACCUCCACCCGGUGACCCGUGGAACUCUGCCCAGCCUUCCUGUAACAUCACCUCUGACCCCUGGGAUUCUGUAGCAACCAACUCCAGCACUCCUGUGGUUGGUAGCCCCUGGACAGCCCCGCCUCCUCCCGCCAAUGCGACCAAUCCUUGGGCUCCAUGUGCCAACUCACACGGAGAGCUUUGGGAGGCGGCGCCCAUUCACAGCCCCGCCAAUCACAUAUGGGAUGUAAGACCUGAGCGAGACACGUCUCAUGCAGGAGGUGAUGGAACAGAUGCAGUCAGUGAACACGAAGAAGAGAAGCUUCAACAGGACGUUCCUCAGAUGUCUUCUCCUCAGUCUGCUAGUCCAACAGAUUCUGAUCUACGUGGGUCAGCAGAUGUGUUUUCUGGAGCUGAUCCAAGCACAGAUCCAUUUAGGAACGAAUCUCUGGUGAAACCCCCCAAAAAUGGACGUGACUCAGCCAGUCCGGAAAUGUUUGAUCUGUCUCGGCUUGCACCCCCCGUUAGUGCUACACGUGUGUGUCGAACCCCCGAGGCCUUCCUCGGACCUACUGGGGCCUCACUGGUCAAUUUGGAUGUCCUGAUACCUGCAACACCUCCAAGCAAGAAGCAGAACAACCCCUUCCUCUCAGGUCUGAGCGCUCCAUCUCCCACAAACCCUUUCCACUGUGACCAGCCUCGCCUCACCCUCAACCAAAUGCGUCCAUCCUCUACAUCUCCUCUGCCCCCCCACAUGAUAUCCUACAGUCCGUCGCUUCCGCUCCCUCUCCCUCACAGGGGCGCCGACCUUCCCUCAUCCCUCACGCAACCUCCAGCCGGACUCAUGGACCUCCCUUCCAACCUCCCCCAACCUCUGCUCCCUCUUUCACCCAGGCCGGUGGCCCGUACUCAAUCCCAAGCACAGACACACAGCCACAACCCCUUCCUCUGAGACUCUUUUCAUGUCGAUUGUGGACUAACCGGCCUGAGGAUCUUAUUCUUUGUGCACACGUGAAAUGGGUCAAAAGUGGACUGGAUGUACUUGUGUCUAUGAAAAGACAUAUCAGCUGCUAUAUGUAACCUGAACUCUUGAACAAAUGCACACACACGCUGAUCCAUCACAACAUUAAAUGCACACUUAGCUUAAUAUAAGGAUACAACACAGCAAUAAAUACCCUCGUUAGGAUCUGUUCUGAUGGAUUCAUACACUGUCAAUCAGGUCAGGGUGCUCCUAAUAUAUUGUCACUGAAAUACAUAUAUGACAAAAUAUUAGGAGCAAUGUGUAGUUUGAAUUAAUUCCAAAUCCUGAUGAAAGGGACAUUUAUUGGCCGUGUUGUCUGUGUGUAGCUAACAAUAGUCACACUGCGAAAAUCCAGAGCAAGGUUAAAUAUUUACUUUGAAGGAGUUCAGCAGGUAUUUUUGUUCUCCUUAUUAGACCAAUUUGCGUAUCUUAAAGGUCCCUUAUUAUGUGAAAUUGAUUUUUUUAAUGAUGUUAUAAUAGUAAUAUGUGUCCCGAGAGCUGUUUAUGACCACCAAAGGUAGAGAAAAAAAACAGGCUUUGCUACAUAUCUUAAAAAUAUAUUCAUUUUAUGUUUUAUUUUUGCUAGCAUUGCCGUGCUAGUGUUGCCAAGCCCCCCCACACACACACGCACAGUUUUUGUAUACAAUCUAAAUGCGAGUUUCAGUGUAUAUGUAAAAAGUGGUUGAAAUUCAAGGCUCAGAAAUUCAAGAUUAAUGGACUAACACAGCUCAAUAGUAGUAAAGCUCCAGUAGAGCUUACUAAAAAUAAAUUGUCUAAAUUCCAAUUUUCCAAAAUUCUCAUCAACACACUUACGUAUAUGGAGAUAUCACCUUUGAGACUAAUUUAAAAGUGUUGAAAAAUACUAUAAUAUGGGACCUUUAAGUAAUAUGUACAAUUUUUUUUUUUAUUUCAGUUUUUGCAGUACACAAAUGCUGUACACUUUCUCAACAAAAAAACUUCAAACUCCCUGAGUACCAUCUGACAUCAUUUAUUUUGAUGAUUACAGAACAGUCAUACUUUCAGCUAUCUGCCGUUGUAUCAUUGCUGCUUGCACCGACAAAAGAAUGAAUGCAUCUCUCCCUGAUGGACAACCCACUUGCUCCAACACCCCUAUUUAAAUCUCUUUAGCUUAAUUAAAUUAUAUGUACUAGGGGCCCAAAAACAAAAUUGCUUCCAUCACUAUUAACGUAUACUGUCACUUAUAUACAUAUCUCUCAAUAUUCUGUAUUGCCUUAUACAUAAUUAGAUUUACCUGUUAAUACUGGACAAAACCAGCCAGAUCCCACAAAGUGAUCACUGACUGUAUCUAAAUGGACCUGUGUGCAUGCCUCACAUUUUGUUGAUGUGGUUAGGGUUGGAUCUCAGGCCCCACUCAUCUGUGGAAGGGACAGUUAGGUCAAGCGGAGAUGUAGGGAAAUCAUGUCAAGCUGUUGUUUAAGUGUAAUAUAUUUGACCAUCAAUGCACUGAACCUGGAUGUGAAUGUGAAAAGCCUGCUUUAAAGUCACUCACACAGGCUUAAUACAUCUGUAUUUAUUGCAGUCAUAUAUAUAUAUAUGACAUUAUGAAGUAAUAUGCCAAUAAAUUAAUAA